CCUCGGUGGCGGUGGGGCGCCGGUGGGGCCGCCUCGGUGCUGGGAGGGGUGUGUGUGCGCGCGCGUGUGUGCGUGUGUGUGUGUGUGUGGUGGGGGGGGGCGGUUCCGCGGGGGCAUGACUCUCUUCGGCAGCGAGGACGCGUGCUGGAGAUAUUUGGACAUGGCCAGAGAACCCAAGCUGAGCCGGGCCAGGCUGGGCCAGAAGAGGCAGCACAGCAGUACCUUGUACCAUAAUUGUGAUCUGGACUACAAUCUCUACAGGGAUGACUUCCCAUACCGGGUAUAUGAGUACCAGAAGAUCCCGCCCCUCAUUAACCGCAUCCCUGUCAAGGCCAGACGAACUCAUGUUGGGGCAGGAGGCAAAAGUAGUCUAAGCCCCCAGCCUGGGACGAGGAGCAGCACCAGCUCCAUGACAGGACGGACAAAGUUGCGGGCCGAAGAGCUGCAUUCGAUCAAAGGGGAGCUGAGUCAGAUCAAGGCACAGGUGGACAGUCUGCUGGAAAGCCUGGACCGCAUGGACCAGCGGAGAGACCGUCUCUCAGUCUCUGUCCCUGCAGGAUCAAAGGAGAUCGAGAAGAAAAGGGUCGAAGUGGGUGCAGAGUUGCCAUCCCCAGCAGGAGAGGGGCCACAGGAGCCCCAAGGGAAGGAGGGAUCCGGAGCUGAUGGGCACAGUGACCUGCGCAACAUCGACAGUGCAGAAGAGAGCACAGACACUGAGGAGACGAUGAAAAAUCACACGUCAGACCUCGAGGGGAGUCAGUGAAUGGACUGGGAUACCAUGGCCUUCCUGGUGGGCCAGCAGUUCCUGUCUUGUGUUCAUCUUUCUUUUGAGGCCUACACCUAGUGCCACACGUGAUGCGAAGUACCCACUCUCAGCAUUCAUGCCUAGCAUGGGCAUCCCCUGCCACUGUUGCCAGCAGCCCCAUGUCCCGCUCCUAUGAGACUUUGGCCUGCUGUGGUAAGAGAAACCUUUGUGUUUGCGCUUUUGUUUCCCCCUCCUUUCUGUUUUUAGACUAGGGAUAAAUAAAUGUGUUCGGAGGGAGGGAGGGUUAGAGGGUAGAAGCAGAAAGAAUCAUGUCCCAAAGGAACAUCAGUGUUGAGCAGAAAUCUAGGCCAACUUGUGAGCAAGGGUCCACCCUCUUCUCGCACUGUGCUGCCAAGGGAGCAAGGAGGCCCUGGAGCUUGGUGCAGCACACUGUAUCACAAAGGACCCAGCACCAUUAGCUCUCCCUGUGCCAGGCACUGCACCAACGCCUCUGCGUGCUACACAGUUCACACGUCAGCCUCCUGUGCCCUGAAAGCAUGUCCUCAAGCCUGCCCUUCCCACAGCCCUUGUCUGCUGAGCCCCUCAAAGUUCCCUUUGAGCCCCACAGGGAACUUUUGCCAGCCAUGGCACUGUGUGGCCUCUCAGAAAGUGUGGCCUCUCAGAAAGUUCAGCGGGUGCCAGUACAGCAGGCCAAGGCGCUCAGAGCUGCAUGGCAUCAUGUUGUGACAACCCCUAUGCGGUCGUCCUUCUGCUGUACCAUCAGAGGCUGUGCAGAUGAGUACUGCCCUGAGGUGGCUCCAGGGGGCCUUCACAGCAAGGGCUGAGUGUUUCCGGACAGGGAGCUGGGUCUGCAUGCUGAGCUCAGCCUCAGCGCUGGCAGACGAAUGCAGAAGGCUGGUGUAAGCUAUAGUUUUCCACCCGUGUCAUUGGCAUCACAAAACAGGGCAAAGUUGCAGCUCUGUCUCUUCUGGGAGGUGACAGGUUGGAAAUACCCCUCAUUGCUUAUGGGAGGCCCAGUCAUCAGGAACUGCAUAUGGAAGGGGCCUUUGCAGCCCGUCCUGUUUGGUCUGGCAGCUCCCUGCAGUUCGACGCCAGCAGCCUAGUGUGAUGUAGUGCAAGCCCAAUUGCUGCCAGUCACCCACACUCACAAAUGUGUCGUCUUUGUUGGUCACUCCUUGACUGUUCUCUGCUGUGCUACCCGACAGCAUUUGCAGUCACCAGGACUCCCACUGAGCAGCUUUGUCACCAAUAAUGGGAGGUGUUUGCUUUGCCAUCAGGCACAUUUCGGCUGCGUAGACAGUGGCAGGAGAGUGCUUUGGGACUUAUCUUCAGCCAAGGAACUCGUCCCUUUCAUUCUCCAUGUUCUGCAGAGUUGUAUCUUAUUUCAAUGUCUCUCAUUUCUAGGUCAUCCUUCUCUUGCUGGUAGGAAAUUGUUCUGUAUUUCUAAUUUGCCUUGGUAAAAGAGUGUAUUGUGUUGGAAGGAAAACAAAAUAAAAUUUGUAUUUCUUUUCUCUGGUUA